GUGAGCGAGCGAGCGAGCGAGGCCUGAGAGCGGGAGGCGGAGGCGGAAGGGGGAGGUCUCUCUCCUCUCGCUGCUGCUGCCGCUGCUGCCGUCGUUCUGGCGGCGGAGAUGCCGCGGGUCUACAUCGGCCGCCUCAGUUACCAGGCCCGGGAACGGGACGUGGAGCGGUUCUUCAAGGGCUACGGGAAAAUCCUGGAAGUGGACCUGAAGAACGGGUAUGGCUUUGUUGAGUUUGAUGAUGUGCGUGAUGCAGACGAUGCUGUUUAUGAGCUAAAUGGCAAAGAUCUUUGUGGGGAGCGUGUAAUUGUUGAACAUGCCCGGGGCCCUCGCCGCGACAGCAGUUACGGUUCUGGACGCAGUGGAUAUGGUUAUAGAAGAAGUGGACGAGACAAGUACGGUCCUCCAACCCGUACUGAAUAUAGAUUGAUCGUUGAAAAUCUGUCAAGCCGUUGCAGUUGGCAGGACUUGAAGGAUUAUAUGCGUCAAGCAGGUGAAGUGACAUAUGCUGACGCACACAAAGGCAGAAAAAAUGAAGGUGUGAUUGAGUUCAAAUCCUAUUCUGACAUGAAAAGAGCCCUUGAAAAGCUGGAUGGGACAGAAGUAAAUGGUAGAAAGAUAAGGCUAGUAGAAGACAGGCCUGGGUCCAGGCGCCGCCGUUCCUAUUCCAGAAGUAGGACUCAUUCAAGGUCUCGCUCUCGAAGCAGACACUCUCGUAAAAGCAGGAGUCGUAGUGGCAGUAGCAAAAGCAGUCAUUCAAAAAGCAGAUCACGAUCCAGGUCUGGAUCGCACUCCAGAAGCAAGAGCCGCAGUCGAAGCAAAAGUCAUAGCAGAGGCCAAAAGGAAAAAAGCAGGAGUCCAAGUAAAGAUGAUAAAAGCAGGAGCCGUAGCAAAAGUGUGGAGAAAUCCCGAAGUAAAAGUAAAGACAAACCAGAGGAUGUGGUUCACAAUAAUGAUGAUGAUGACCAAGCAAAGAGCAGAAGUCCCAGCAAAGAAAAGAGUAAGAGUAAAAGCAGGAGUAGGAGUGGUAGUAAAGAGAAAAUAGAAGAGGAGGAGAGGGAGAAUGUAAGGAGCAGUAGGAGUAAAGAGAGAGAAAAGAGUGCCAGCAAGGUUAGAAGCAGGAGCAAAGAAGGGAGCAGGAGCAGGAGCAGGAGCCGUAGCAAGAGCAAGGAUAAAAGGAAAGGUAGGAAGAGAAGCAGGGAUGCCAGUAGGAGCAGAAGCAGGAGUCAGAGCAAAAGUGAGAAAAGCAAGAGGCGGAGUAAACGUGACAGCAAGUCUGGCAGCAAGAAAAAAAAGAGAGAAGAUCAAGAGCGUUCCAGGUCUAGGUCUAGAUCCAGAUCUCAAUCCAAGGGAAAGGAGCAUGUAAAAGCAGAACCCACCACAAAGGAAUCAAAGGGCGAGUGUGAGGAAAUGGACACCAGUCGUAAAUCCCGGUCAAGGUCAAAUUCCAAGUCUAAGCAAAAUGUCAAAUCAGAAUCUCGCUCCAGAUCCAAAUCAGUUUCAAAAACAAGAUCCCAAUCCAAGUCUAGAUCGAGGUCUGCCUCUAGGUCACAUUCCCGAUCUAGAUCAAGGUCUUGUUCCAGAUCUUAAAAUUGCUGCAACCACACUUAGAGCUCUAUGAGAAGUCUUUUGUACAUGUUUGGUAGUUGUAGCACAAGUGAUUGGAGUAGAACAUGUCACUGCUGUACAUUUUUAAUACAUCCCCCCCCCGCCCCCUGCCCCCCCGGUGUGUCUGUAAAUGUUCAGUCUGGUGCUUCCUCUCUGUUGCCCUUUCUGGUACUUGAGGCUAAGAACCUCAUUUGGGCACCAAACACCAAUGGGUUUCCAGAAUAGCCAUAGAGAAUGAGCACUAGAGUUUGAUGGGCUUCUAAGACUGGAAUGAUGACUCCUAGGUAGGUAUGAUAACUUCAACAAUUUUCCCUUUAAUUGAUGCCCUUUGAUGUAUGUCAUUUAGUGGGAAGUACAAAGUCUUAAAUUUCAUAUUACUUUUUCAUUUUAAUACUUUGGACUUGCAGAGUUUGUGAAUGGCACAGUCAGGAAAAUAGAUACCUACAGUAAACAAUAGGGAAGGGGAAAAAGGUAGUUCCACUUUCUGGUAUUGUGACAAUAUCCUUGUUUUAUAUUUUUUUUAUUUUUCCCCGUAUUGCAAAGUACAGUGGCCCCUGUUUCCAUUAAAUUUGAAUAAAGACUAUUUUUGCUUGACAA